AUGGAUUUCAAUAGCUUUGGUUUCGAUUCUCCAGUCUUCACAAUCCUGGAAGAAAUGCUGGACAUCCCCGAGGAGCAAGAGAAGGCCCGAAACAACCCGUCUCGAGCCUAUGUCCGAGAUGCAAAGGCCGUGGCAGCCACUCCAGCCGACGUGAUAGAGUACCCGACAUCUUACGUGUUUAUCGUGGACAUGCCGGGCAUAAAUCACAAAGAGAUCAAGGGUAAAGGGUUGAAUUCAUUGAAUACAGAUGUAUGGAAGCAUCUAAAUGCUAUUAGGAAUGCAGUGAGAACAUACCUUACACAAAGAAGUGAAGCCAGAUUAGGACGUGAAAGAAGUGGGUCAUCAACAUCAAGACGUGCAGAGAAAACCCAACAUUUUUCACUCUCAGAACUUACUGAUGCCACCAACUUCUCCAUGGAAAACAAGAUAGGUGCUGGGAGCUUCAGGGUUGUUUACAAAGGCAAACUUCCGGACGGUCGUGAAGUCGUCAUUAAAAGAGGAGAAACUUCAGCAAAGUUAUCACGGCUUCACCACAAGCACUUGGUGUGCUUAGUUGGAUUCUGCCAAGAAAACGAUGAAAGGCUUUUGGUUUACGACUACAUGAACAAAGGAUCACUUUAUGAUCAUUUGCAUAUCAAAGACAACACUGAGAAGACCAAGGUGUCCCAUUUUGGACUAUCGCUAACGGGACCCGAGUAUGAUCAAGAAUUUAUGUCAACCAGGGCAGUUGGGACAAUUGGAUACAUUGAUCCUGAAUAUUGUGUAUCGAAUGUAUUGACAACAAAAAGUGAUGUAUAUGGUUUUGGGGUGGUAUUGUUAGAGCUUUUGGCAGGAAGAAAAGCUGUUUUUAGAAAUGAAGAAGAUGGGACAGGGCCAACGGCAGUGGUCGAGUAUGCAAUCCCGGGGCUAUCAGCUGGGGAUCUCCGGGCAGUGAUAGAUCGAAUGGUCAGGGUGCCGGAGAUUCACGAGGCUGAGGCAGUGGAGCUGAUGGCUUAUACAGCUAUGCAAUGUGUGAAUUUGGAAGGAAAAGAGAGGCCUAAUAUGAUUGACAUUGUUGCAAAUUUGGAGAAACCAUUAUCACUUUAA